UUGGAAAUCGAGGAGACGCGAACACAGAAAGAUCUCUUUCUCUUAGCGAACAAGUGGAGGUGGUGUCUACACAGUAGUGACUUCUUUACAUUUAGUUAACGCGAGGACGAAUAUCCCUGGAGCACGCAAACAAUCCUUUAAUCAACAUGAGGACGUACUACGUGAUAGCCGCCAUACUGAUCGCCGGAAGUAACGGCCAGGAGAAUUUCAAAUGUCCAGAUGACUUUGGUUUCUAUCCACAUCACAUAUCUUGCGACAAAUAUUGGAAGUGCGAUAAUAACGUAGCGGAAUUAAAAACGUGCGGGAACGGUUUGGCUUUCGAUGCAUCUGACAGCAAAUUCCUUACCGAGAAUUGCGAUUACCUGCACAACGUUGAAUGCGGUGACAGAACGCAAUUGGAACCACCGAUCAGUACGCCGCAUUGUUCUCGUCUUUACGGUAUCUUCCCAGAUGAGAAGAAAUGCGACGUAUUCUGGAAUUGUUGGAACGGAGAAGCAUCCAGAUAUCAGUGCAGUCCUGGACUUGCUUACGAUCGCGAAGCCAGAGUUUGCAUGUGGGCCGAUCAAGUACCCGAAUGCAGAAACGAUGAGGUCGCCGGAGGUUUCACGUGUCCAGCCGCAGGUGAAGUGAGCGGCGCAUCCGGCAGCUUCAGCAGACACGCCCAUCCUGAGGACUGCAGAAAAUAUUACAUAUGUCUCGAGGGUAUUGCUAGAGAAUAUGGUUGUCCGAUUGGUACCGUGUUCAAAAUUGGCGAUGCCGAUGGUAGCGGUGCUUGCGAAGAUCCUGAAGAUGUUCCAGGAUGCGAGGAUUACUAUGGUGACUUGGACCUAAAAAGCAUCAGGAAGAGCGAGUUACUCGCUGGAAUCCAAAGUUCUGGCGAACCGAGGAAACCAUCUCAAGGAAAACCUAGACCCGCACCGAUACCUGCGAGGCCAUCCGCACCUCUCCAGGAAUAAUCUUCUAAAUUACUCUAUCAAUUUGUUUUUUUUUUCUUGAUUAUUUUCUUUCCAUCCCAUCCCAUCUCAUCCCAUUCCCAUUUCCAUUCUCCUUUUCCUACUAUUUCUUUCGUUAUUUUAUUUGAUCUUACGCUCAACGAGCCCCAAACACCUCCACACUCUUGCUCUCGCAGUAUCAACAUCAUCCUACUAUCAGAAAAAAGGAACAUGUGCUUCUGGUAUGGAAGGAAGCAUUGUCGCGUUUUUUAAUUGAACAUUUCUCUUAUUUUAAUUCGAUUAGGCACGAUUCUUUCUCGUAGCCGAAUUUCAAUCGAAUGUUAAAUACAUUUGGAUGGAUAACAAAUCGGACAACUACGGUAAUGGACAAUUGAUGAUGAUGAAUUUUUUCUUCUAAUAUUUUUACUAAUAAUUUCAAUGAAUUUGGUUGAUUGCACACGUUAUAUACGAGUCUCUUUUUAAAUUAUUCGAAUGUUGGCUGUGAAUCAUCGUUACCGAAUGGUUCAAUAAUUGAUUGAAUUUAGUUCAAAGUUAUUAUCCGAAGUGCCAAUCAGUUUAAUAUCUAUUUCUAAUUAUUCUCAAUUAUUAUAUAUUUCUCUGUUUUGUUUUUCUUUCUAUUUUUUUCUAUUUUUGUUCUUUUUUUUUUGUAACAUUUCAAUUGUAUCAAUAUUAAACUAAUUGGCACUUCCAAUAAAAGUCUCGGUAGACUUAAAGAUACGUUUUCGUUUUCUCCGCAUUAUUUGGACAAAGUUAACAAGAUAAAUAAUAAUAAUAAUAAUAAUAAUAAUAAUAAUAAUAUUACACAUUUUAUCCUAAUUUUAUCUAUCCUUAGAUAGCGUUCAUUGACCAACAAACAAUUUGCCAAAAAUAAUAUCAAAAUAAUAUUUCAUAUUGGCCCGAGUGUGUUCGGUCAAGUUCGCUUCUAUUACAAAAUAAAAUCGCCGACACUUGUAUGUUUUAUAGUAAAAUGGAAAACGUGUAAAUAAAAAAAAAACAUUCAAGAAAAUACGAUUAUAAUUAUGAUCAUA